AUGCAGGGCAAGCAUGGAAGCGAUAACACUGAGGAGAUCAAAGAAGACGUGAAACAAUUAAUGGUGGACGCUUGCCAUGAGCCAGUGGCUCAGAUGGAGCUCUUGGAUACCCUCCAAAGGUUAGGAGUAUCGUAUCACUUUGAGAAGGAGAUCAAAGUUGUAAUGGACUCCAUUUUCGAAGACAGAAAGGAAUGUGAAGACCUCCAUGCUGCAUCUCUUAGAUUCAGAUUGCUGAGGCAACACGGUUAUCCUGCCUCCCCUGAUGUUUUUAAAGUAUUUAAGGACGAAACAGGGAAAUUCAAGAACAUCCUUGCAGAAGACGUGAAGGGGUUGCUGAGCCUGUAUGAAGCUUCACAUCUAGGAUUCGAAGGGGAGAAGAUAUUGGAAGAGGCCAUGACCUUGACAACUUAUUACCUCAAGGAAAGUGCCAAGAUGCUGAACUUAGAUUCCAGCCUUGGGAAGCAGGUAGCACAUGCCUUGGAGCUUCCACUUUCAAGAAGGAUGCUUAGGUCGGAAGCAAGGAGCUACAUAGAUUUUUAUGAAGGGAUGCCUGGACACCACUCUGGUUUACUCAGACUGGCAAAGCUGGAUUUCAAUAAUGUGCAGUCUUUGUACCAAGCAGAAAUAAAUGAGAUGUUAAGGUGGUGGAGGGGCCUUGAGUUGGCAGAGAACUUGAAAUUUUCGAGGGACAGAUUGAUGGAGAACUAUGUGUGGACCAUAGGAGUCAACUUCAAUCCUCUUUUCUCUGUUUGUAGAAAGGGCCUUACAAAACUCAAUUGCCUCAUCACGACUAUCGAUGAUGUUUAUGAUGUGUAUGGUACAAUUGAUGAGCUAGAACUGUUCACAGAGGCCGUUGACAGAUGGGAUAUUGGAUACAUAAAUAAACUUCCUCAGUACAUGCGGAUGUGUUUCCUAGCUCUUUAUAACACAACCAAUCAAUUUGCCUUCGAAUUCAUGCGGGACAAAGGCCUCAACAUCCUAGGCUACUUGACAAGAGCGUGGGCUGAUCUAUGCAAGGCAUAUUUGGUGGAAGCGAGGUGGUUUUAUAAUGGAUAUGCACCCACAGUAGAAGAAUACUUGGAUAAUGCAUGGGUUUCCAUAUCAGGACCUGAAAUAUUGGUUCAUGCUUAUUUUUUUGUGCAACAUGAUAUGAAGGAAGAUGCUGUCGUGGACCUACACCAUUUUUCCAACCUUAUAAAGAUGUCUUCCAGGAUUCUGCGGCUUCAUGAUGAUGUUGCAACUUCUAAGGAUGAGAUUGAGAGAGGCGACGUGCCCAAAUGUAUACAGUGUUACAUGAGGGAGAAGGGUGUGUCGGAGGAAGCUGCUCGUCAUUAUGUUGAUGGUCUUCUAAGUAAUGCUUGGAAAGAACUCCAUAAAGAAUGCACAGAAGCUACUUCUAAUGGCACUAGUCACCCGCUUGUACAUUGUGCCCUGAAUCUUGCAAGAAUGGCACAGUUCAUGUAUCAACAUGGAGAUGGUCAUGGUUUUUCGGGAAGAGAUUAUCCUGCAGAGCGUAUACUGAGAUUGAUGGUGGACAGUGUUUGAUACGAGAUGGAUGACCAUCUUCAUCAUCUUCAGCCGUGUCAUUAUCACGCUAACAGACAUAUUAUAUUAUUAUGUACCUUUGCAUGUGAUAUCAUUGUAGAUGGAGAAAAGAAUA